AACGUGCAAGGAAACCCGGAAGUUCCGCUGGAAGCAUUGUGGGGCUUGUAGUUCAGUAAAUCACCGCGACAACGUGGACAAGUCAAACCCUUCGCUACACUGUGAUGGCGUUUAGUUUUAAUUUCGAUAUUUCAUCACAUAUUGAACAGAAUGAUAGCAAUGUAACUAUAAAUGAGAAAGAAGAUAAAGGAAAUCAGGAUACGGCGAAGAAGCAAAGCCAGGCUGAGGAAAUCAAUGUACCGAAGAAGGUGAAGGAAGCCCAUGAGCAUAAACAUGCCCCAGAUCUUCUUUCACACAUUGAGAACUCAGUCACUGAGACAGUCACUAUAGGUGCAUUACCACCUCUCCUUUACCUCAAUGAGUCAGUAUUUGAGCAAACUGCCCCUGAGCGAGAGGAUGCUGAGAAGGUCCUGUCUCAAUCCAUCACCCAAAACUCUGAUCUCAUAACCGGAGUGUAUGAAGGAGGUCUUAAAAUCUGGGAAGGCACCCACGAUCUUCUCGAGUAUGUCGAUGAUGAAGGGGAGAUGUUUUCUGGGAAAAAGGUGCUGGACCUGGGCUGUGGAGCAGGACUUCUUGGCAUUCUUUCGUUGAAGAGAGGCGCGAGCAAAGUCCAUUUCCAGGAUUAUAACAGCACUGUGAUCGAGCAGCUCACAAUUCCAAAUGUAUUCCUUAACUGUGAGGAAGAGGGUGGUGAUGAGAAUAGAGAUGAAGAGGGUAGCCCUUCAUCUAAACAGAGAUCUGUGGAGAAAAACCAUUCACUCGUUGAUCGGUGCAGGUUUUUCUCAGGGGAUUGGACUUCAUUUCUCUCACUGAUUCAACGUCAAGAUCCCACCCUCAAAUACGACCUCAUCUUCACUUCAGAAACAAUCUAUAACCCUGAGUACUACACUUCUCUUCAUGAUGUGUUUCAUAAACUGCUUGCUGAAGAGGGAGUUGUUUAUUUGGCAACCAAGUCUCACUAUUUUGGAGUUGGAGGUGGACUGUAUUUGUUCGAGAGCUUUGUGCAAGAAAAAAAUAUCUUCCAAAUCAAAACUUUAAGGGAAAUGGAUCAGGGACUAAAAAGGCAUAUUGUUUCUAUGAGGUUCAAGAAAUCACCUUCAUAGCACUCACUUUCCUUGUAUGAUCAUGCAAAUGAGUAAAAUGAAUAAUAUUUUAAAUACAGGGACUUUGUCAUUGCAGUCUUGAAGAUUAAAGGAAAAGACAUUAAAUAUGUUCAUGUUGAAA